AUGGCGGAUGACAGCGGGGAGUUUGGCUUCAGGAACUGCUCCCCGCACGUCUGCGGGAACAGCGACGUUUUACCCAAUCUAUCUGAGUCUUCCACAUCCUUCUUCCAGCGGCUGCUUACCAUUGACAUGCCAGCUGUUGCGACGCCGCUGUACGGCCUUGACGAUACGGAAUGCGUGGGUGCUUCUGAGAUGCGCGUUUGCACGGCUAUACUUGAUCACAAGGUGAUAGCAAUGCAUUGGUCUGUACAUCCAAUACUACUGCCCUACGAAGAGACUUUUGAGCCGAUCUCCUUGUUCGCAUCCCAGUGUAUCGUGAAUGAGUUGUUGGAUGCAUGUUUCCGUGAGUACACGGUACACUACCGCAUGUUCCAGCGGCCGAGCUCCGUACAAUCAUCAUUCCCAUCAAUGCGCCCUCACUACGUCCGGAAUUUGGAGCCGUGUCUGCCACAAAGGCUACCAAAUGGAUCAUUCAAAGACAGCUCAGUUGUAGGAUGGCUGCGGCCCCAGCUGCGUGAGUGCGCCACCCAACGGCUGGGCAGUUCCUUCCUGCUUCAGUUGGACUGCGAGCCUGGCACAUGGGACAAAGACCGGUGCAAUUUGCCCAGACAACCCUGGGAUUACACCAAACUGACAUGCCUACCAUGGGCGACGCGUGAGGAAUGCAGUCAGGGGAAUGCUGUGGGUGGCAGGUACCGUCCUCCGCCACCUGCAGGUGUGCACCAUGUGCUGCGGCUGCAGCGUUCCUUUGGAGUGGGUGCUCCAAUAGCCCAAUUUGCACAUGGGGGUGCUGCGUCGUCGGACUUGAUAGUAUUUCCCAGCACCGACUCUGCGAUGAGUUUUCUUUGUGCAGUGGGGUUGCGCAACUUCAGUCAGCUGCUGGACUCACGAACUGGAAGCGGCCAAGCCGGCGCAAGGGAGGCAUGGAAGGUCGCGGAUGUGCGCAUGCAGGAGCUCAUGAAUUCGCCAAGAAGUGAAGUUGACCCCAAUUGUGACGUUUGCGUGGCAAUUUUGCUGGGCGCAUACGUGGAACCUGAGUUUCUCGCCAAACACUUGAGUGCAGAAGUUGUGGACAAGUCCACACGCCAGGCCUUUUGGAACUGGUGGUGGUGCAUUGUAGCGUUCCUUCACCGGUCACAAAUUCAACUAUUUGCUGCAGGGUCUGUUGCACCUUUUGAGAUGCUGGUAUCGCUCACCGAGAAGCUUCUACCACCUGAGCACAGGCCUGCGGUGGACGUGCUCAGGUCUGCCGAAGCCUUGGCACAGCUCGCCUCAGCGGAGCGACCCUUUGCGGUUGCAGAGCCUUCGUCCCAGUGCCUUGUGGGGCUGGCGGUCCGACACCUUCUGGAUGCACUGCAGGACAGGGUGCAUGAAGAGAGCGCAGCAGCAGACUGCAAGCUGCGUUGCGGGAGGGCCGGCAAGGAGGGCGAAUUCGUAGCCGUACUGGACGCCUGCAACCCAACGCACUUCUUUCAUGUGAGGUGCAUCUCGACAUGGUCAGAACAGGAGAACACGUGCCCGCUGUGCAAAAGCCGGUUUGCUCGCGUGGGCGUCUAUGGUGUCGAUGGUGACCUGCGCCGUGUCAUAGCCGUAGAAGAGAAAGAUCAAGAUUCAGAAGGCGAGGCAAGCGCUGAGUUUGAUGAUCACAUCUGCAGCAUCUGCAAACAGCCUGGCAACGAUGAUGCGCUUCUCCUCUGCGAUGGCCGCAACGGUCGCUGCAGGGGAGCUGCCCACUUCCACUGCCUUGGCUUGCCAGGCGUGCCGGAAGGAGAGUGGUUCUGCUCUGAGUGCCAGGAGUUUCCCGUGGAGCAGUUUGCGCAGGAGGAGUCUGCUAAGGAUUCUGCAAAGCAAGCGGCCACGACGGAAGCGACAGAAGCUCCAGAAGCUUUUCAACUGAAGAAGGGCUCAAGCAGUGAAAGCUCAAGCAGCGGGCCUACAAAAACUCCACCGCAGUCGCCUGCAGCAUGCACAAGGCCCAGAAGGUCGAAGAGCUCGGAGUCUUGCAGCAGGGCACAGCAGGGCAAUGUGGGCAUUUCCUUGAAGAAGGCGGCAUCGGAAGAAGCUCUUGUAGCGGUUCCCUCACAAGCUGCUGAUUCAAAGAGUCCACCAAAGAGCAAGCAUGCUGUGCAGUCUUCAGCAGUUCCUAAAUGGAUCUACAGAAAGGGGCCCUGUUUGUAUGUGGAUCUAUGCGGACGUCGCAUGAAAGAUUCGGCAGCCGCGACGGUUGCGAAGUUUGUUCGAGGAGUGCUGGGCAAGGUGAGCGCCGCAGCAACUCUGGACCUGUGCUUGAUGUUAUCGGGGAAUCGCCUUAGCCAAAGUGGACUCCAGGCUUUUCUUAACUUGGCUGAGGAAACGGGACAUCACGUGUCGUGUCUAGAUCUGGAGCGGAAUCGACUCGAUGCUGACACCCUUGAAUGGCUUGGAGAGUGGCUGACCAAGCAGAGGAGGGGCCCACCGCAGAAGCUCCUCCUUUCCCACAACCACCGGAUUGGCAGCAAGGCGAUCAAAGACCUCCUUCAGCGUCUUGGACGCUCGCAGCGCUUUCAGUCUGGGAGGGAGCUUCCUCUUUGGAUUGAGGCAAGGUUCGUGGGUAUAGAAGAUGUUGACACGCUUCUCGAUACUGUGUCGGUGGACAUCAACUUUUGCUUAGCAUUGGAUCGUGAAGCAUGUGGUGAAGACCGUUGUGCCUCUCAUUCGUCAGCGGAGACAAGUGAGACUCCGCAGUUACAUCUUGCUGGUAUACUGGAACAGCACUCCAACGAUUUCGAGCUCCCAAGAGCCCCAGCCGCCAAGCCAGAGCCUUCCGCCGACAAGACAGUGAUGACAUCGGCAAGCACGGCAAGCAGCUCGUCAGCAGGUGCGCAAGACAACUUGCGCAGGCCAGGCAGUGAUGGAAUUCCGCUCAAGCGGAAGAAGCAAGAAACAUCCACAGAAACGGUGCCCGGCCAAGACUGGCAAUUUGAUUCUUCCGAAGCACAAGAGGACCCUGAAGUUGAAAAGGUGGAGCAGGAGCGUGCCGCGCGACGAGCAUGGGCGAACUCGCUGGGCAAAUCAGUUGUGGCAGAGGUGCCAAGUCAGGAUUUGCCUGCGCCUGCACCGAGAUGCGGUUUGUGGGACCUUGUCCGCUCUGAACAGCGGAAAAAACAGCGCUUAGCGCGUCCUUGA